AUGGGCCUGAGGGACUCCUCUUAUAUUUUCUUCCAUCAUAAUAGUAUCGGUGACAAUGACUAUGUUGGCUCUAGUUGCAAAGCAGAAUCCAGGGAAAUAUUUCACCAGGAGCUGAGUGAGCAGAAAUUCCAAAGGGGGAAAACACGUGUGUGUGAGAGAGAGAGAAAGAAAGAACGAAUCCAAUAAACGGCUGGAUUUUUGCCGCACUUGUUUUGGAAGAUUAUGGAUAGGCACCGAGUGCUACAUUUAUGCUUGCUGAACACAGUCCUCUUGGUGCUUAUUUGGAUUGGCAUCUCCAAAGCACAGAAGGAUUGCACAGGUGUGGAGUGUAAGCCGCUGGAAAAUUGCAUUGAGGAAGUGCUUGAGCCAGACGAGUGCUGCGCCUCUUGUCUCCAGCAUGGCUGCACCUGUGAAGGCUAUCAGUACUAUGACUGUGUGAAUGUCGGUUUCAUCAACGGCAAGGUCCCCGAAGGGCAGUCUUACUAUGUCGACUUUGGAAGCACAGAGUGCUCCUGUCCCAAAGGGGGUGGCAAAAUCAGCUGCCAGUUUAUGCUCUGUCCAGACCUUCCGCCCAACUGCAUCGAUGCUGUGCUGCCCGCGGAUGGGUGCCCUCAGUGUGGGAGAAUCGGCUGCCUCCACGAAGAGCAGAAAUAUGCGGCGGGACACACGUUCCACAUGCCUCCGUGCAAGGUUUGCCACUGCCCCAAUUCUGGAGGGGAUCUCAUGUGCUACCUGCUCCCAGACUGUAAUGAAUCCACAUUAAACCCUCAGAGCCCAUCGGAUACCGGAGACACCGAACCAGAGCGGCACUAUGAUGAUUCCUACAGUUAUGACCAGGAGGCACCAGAAGGUGACACCACUCAGGUGGAGCCACCUAAAAAGUUCUACAGUUUUUCGGCUCAUACAGAGCAAGAGAGCAUGGGCCAAGAGGAUUACGAUUACCUUGCAAGCAGCAGUGUUACUCCUCCGUCAUUAACUCAUCCUGCUUCAAGGACGGAAGCUUUGCCACCCACGACCACAAUUGCUCGUGUUCUGCACUAUCCUGAAACUAGUCGCACCACUGAAAAGAGUGAGGAAGGGAUUUAUACGAGAAGCACGGUAUCAACCCCCAAAGGACAGCAAAGGCAUCAUCCCACAACCAUUGCAAACCGCAUUAGAAAGGAACAAGCUGCGGUUACAACUGAGAGGCCCAGAAAUAUGGCAGAUGUGGAGAGGAGAAAGCCAGCCAACAGGGAGAGGAAUGAACAAGAAGAAAAUGCCCGCUUCAAAAUCAAGCUAAACAUGAAGAAAGACAACAAGCAGAAAGAAAACAGGUUGUUGGUCUUACAAGAGUCCAAUAUGACUCAAACGCAUGGGCUAAACUCUUUGCAGGAGAACCAUGAGGAAAUUAAGUUCCCCAAGGUCAAGUUCAAUCCAACACAACAAUCUCCCAUUGCACUGGAAGAAGACAACAACAGGAUAUCCUUAAAACAGCCCCAGACUCUUUAUCAUUACACAUCUGAAGAGGACAUAGAUCCCAACUCUGUUCAGACUUCGUCCAAGUUACCAGAAGGUUCAACAAAAGAUUUAAUUGAAACUUGCUGUGCUGCUGGACAACAGUGGGCUAUUGACAACAAUGAAUGCAGAGAAAUCCCUGUAAGUGGAGCUGAUGGCGACAUUUGCAGAAUUGCUCAGAAGCAGUGUUGUGUCUCGUAUUUAAAGGAAAACAGCUGCAUUGCUGGCAUGAUUGCUGCCAGAGAAGGUGAAUUGUGUGGCCCGGAUGAAAGUGAGACCUGCGGAGGAUCAUUUUAUAAGCAAUGCUGUGAUUGCUGUGCGUUGGGCCUACGAGUGAAAAGUGAAGGUCAAAGCUGCGAGCCCAACCCCAAUCUUGGCUACCCUUGCAGCCAUGUAAUGCUUUCCUGCUGUGAAGGAGAAGACCACCUCAUCCCUCCAGAGCUAAAGAGGCACCCUGAACCGCUGCCAACAGCGACACCAGAGAAACUUUCAGAGUUUGAGGAUCACCAUGAAGCCUUGUCGAUCAGUAAUGAAGCUGAAUUGUCAAACAGCUUACCUGGAGAUGACCUGGACGAGUGUCUUGCCUAUCCUGGAGAGCUCUGCCAACACCUUUGCAUCAACACAGUGGGAUCCUACAAGUGCUCAUGUUUCCCAAGAUUUACUCUGCAGGAUGAUGGACUCAGCUGCAAUCCAGAUUUUGAAGAAGAUGGACCAAAUACUGCCUUACAGGACAAAGCCACUAUUGCUCCAGAAGCCUUGAAUAUCCAGCCUGCAACCAUCAACGAAGAGGAAGAGAAGUGUAAAGAUAAUGGUCCCUGCAAGCACAUAUGUAAUACUUUGGAAGGGGCAGUUGUGUGCUCUUGCUCACCUGGAUAUGCUCUGAUGUCAGACGGGGUUUCGUGUGAAGAUAUUAAUGAAUGUAUAACAGACGCUCAUACCUGCAAGAGAGGGGAGCACUGUGUUAACACAAUUGGAUCCUUUACAUGUCUUCAGCAACUCAACUGUGAAUCAGGUUAUGAGCUGAAGGAUGGUGAAUGUGUUGACAUUGAUGAAUGUGAACGAGGAACUCACAGCUGCAAGAUAAACUUUGUAUGUCAAAAUACAAAAGGAUCGUUCUAUUGUGAAUCAAAGCAGCGGUGCAUGGAUGGAUUUUUACAAGAUCCAGAGGGUAAUUGUGUUGAUAUUAAUGAAUGUACAUCACUUACGGAGCCAUGUAAGGCUGGUUUCAACUGCAUCAAUACUGUUGGGUCUUAUACUUGUCAGAGAAACCUCUUAGUGUGUAACAGAGGAUAUCAUUCGAGUGAAGAUGGAGCCAGAUGUGUCGAUGUUGAUGAAUGUCAAACCGGCGUACACCGCUGUGGCGAGGGACAGAUUUGUCACAAUCUACCUGGAGCUUACCGCUGUGAUUGCAAGACAGGAUAUCAGUAUGAUUCAUUCAGCAGGACCUGCAUUGACAUUAAUGAAUGCUGGAAUUAUCCUGGCCGACUCUGCCAACACUCAUGUGAAAAUACUCCUGGAUCCUAUCAUUGUUCCUGUUCUACUGGCUUUCGCUUGGCAUAUGAUGGGAAGCAUUGUGAAGAUAUCAAUGAAUGUGACAACAAUCCAUGCAGUCAAGAAUGUGCUAAUAUAUAUGGUUCCUAUCAGUGUUACUGCAGGCAAGGCUAUCAAUUAGCAGAAGACAGCCAUUCUUGCAAAGAUAUUGAUGAAUGUGCACAAAGUGCAGGUAUUCUGUGCACUUUCCGCUGCAUGAAUGUGCCUGGAAGCUAUCAGUGUGCUUGUCCUGAUCAAGGAUAUACCAUGGCAACAAAUGGAAGGACUUGUCGAGAUAUUGAUGAAUGUGCAAUGGGAACCCACAAUUGUUCCUCGACCGAAUCUUGCUACAAUGUUCAGGGCAGCUUCCGGUGUCUUUUGUUUGAGUGCCCAGCGAACUACAGAAAAGUGUCUGAAAUGAGAUGCGAGCGUAUCAACUGCUUUAACUAUGUGGACUGCCAAAACACUCCUUUGCGAAUUACUUACUAUCAGCUUAACUUCCAAACUAACAUUGUCAUCCCAGCGCAUAUUUUCCGGAUUGGUCCCUCGCCUGCUUAUGCUGGAGACAACAUAAUCCUCACAAUCAACAAAGGAAACGAAGAGAACUACUUCAACACCAGGAAGCUUAAUUCCUACACAGGCAUUGUCUACCUUCAGCGGCAAGUGAAGGAACCCAAAGACUUUUUGUUAGAUGUUGAAAUGAAGCUUUGGCGUCAAGGAACCUACACGACCUUCCUGGCUAAAAUUUACAUCUUUAUCUCCUCUCAUGCCUACUGAGGCAUAUGUACUCUCAUGGGAGUUUAUUGGUGCUAUCACCUUUGUGUUUUCUACCAAAGCUUAUUAUGAUACCUAGUUAUAGAUUUUUAAAAAUAAUAAUCAUUUUCCCUUAUUAUUUUUCUAAAAACAUCUUUGUUUUUGUAAAAUUAACUUAAAACGCAUUACCCAUUUCUCUUAUAACUGGAUUUUUAACUGAGCAGCAGAAGGCAUUGUGGUUUAAAGCAAAUAUAUAUGUACAGUAUUUACGUGAAGUUCAUAAUGAGUUGCUGGGUGGGGGGCACAAUCUAUCCAAACUUAAGCACUUAAAGGUCCUGUUGAUUUCCCAGAGAAUUAAUCAUGCGGCCACUGAAAUUAGUUUGACUUUGUGCUUAAGUUCAGUUGGAUUGCGUUGGUUGGCAGGCAGGAUGUCAUUCCUUGCCCAUUGCAAUGUCUGAUGGAAGACAGUUGUUCAGCAAGUGAUCUCUUUCCACCUUCUGAGCUUCUUCCAGUGCAGCUUUUAAAAAGACCCAAAGCCCUUAAAGUCUCUUUAAUAUAUUUCCACUUAUUUACAUCUCAUAUACAAAGAGAGCUCACUAUGCUUGGACUGCGUAGCAAAAAAAAUAUGCUGCGUUCUGGCAUGCCAGCAAAUCAGAUGGGGACAUGAUAGUCUCACCCCUCCUCAUGCCUGCUCAGUAACUUUAGCUGCCUCGUUCUCUUCCUCCAGGCAGGAGGAAGGCAAAAGGUUAAUAUCAGAUCUAAUGCACAGCACAGCGAGCUCUCCUUAUAGAGUUACAUGUGUUUUCAGCUUUGGCGAACAAGACGUGGAAAUCCAAAGGGUGGGAUGAAAUCCAGCCUCCUUAGGCACUUGGGUCUUGUCCAGGAAGCUUGAACAAUAUUUUUUUUUGGGGGGGGAGCGGGUCAAAUCCAAUGUUCAUCAUGCUAAGAAUAACCCACUGAAAUCAGUGAACUUAACCCUAAGUCCAUUGAUUUCAUUGGAUGUGCACUGAGUGUGACAACCAGCAAAAUUGUAACUACGUCUACUCAGAAAUAAGUCCUAUUGAAUUAAAUGGGGAUUGCUCCCAGGCAAUGCUUACAUGCAUUCUCUUAUCAGGUGCCAUGGAAUUACACCUUCUGGCAUAUCAGAGAUAUAGCACCAGUAGUGCCAGAUCAGUGCCACGCUUUACAUGGGAAUUGCAAUUGCUGAGGGCAUACCACCCACUGCACCCAUCAUGGGAAAUACAUAUAGCCAGUGUCAGCACACUGUACUCUCAGGCAAAUGCGGCAGGCCUGUUGCUUCUGAUCUCUGCCUCUUCACUGGGCUGGGUAUGAAUUUCCCCCCUCCUUGGUCCUGCAUGCUAUACAGCCACAGCAAAUCAGCAAGGGAUACAUCCUUUGAAUCCACAGGUGAGCAGCCUUGGGCCACCUCCUAUACAGAGAGGCCCAUCCUCUUUCUCUCUGCAGUGGAGAAAAGAUUGCUGUCGCUGCACUGCUAUUUACAGCAUGGGGAUAGCGAUCUUAGCUGCAUCAGGAUUGCUGGGAUGUGGGAAAUCGAAGCCCGCUGAAACCUGGAGCCAGUAUUUACAUGUCUGAGGACUCAAACUGUACAUCCUGUGUACAUGCAGCAAUCACAUUUGCUAUGUGGGGCUGUUUGUAAAUGUUCAAUCUGUGGUGCUAGAGUAGGAGUGGGGAACCUCCAUCUUUCUAGAUGUUCCUGGGCUGCAAGCUCCCAUUAGCCCUAGCAAAGCAUUGUCAAUGGCCAGAGAUAAUGGGAGCUGUAGUUCAGCAUCAUCUGGAGGGCCAAAGAUUCCACACUUCUAAAUUAGGUAACAUUUAGGCUGACAUCGUAUACACAAUUGCCUGGAAUCAAUGGGAUUUACUUCUUGUUAGACAUGCAUAGUGCUGUCAAUCACUUACUAUUAGAUGUCUUUUCUUUUUUGUCCUCAUAAUUUAUGUCUACUUAUCUGCAAACACGGGUCCCUUAACGAAAGAACACAGUUUGGGUGGCAGUUAAUCCAUGCUUACAGUUAAACAAAGCUGAAUAAUUUCAUAGCUGCCAAGUUUUCGCUUUUCUCGCGAGAAAGCCUAUUCAGCAUAAGGGAAAAUCCCUGUAAAAAAGGGAUAACUUGGCAGCUAUGUAAUUUUCAGAUCCAAUGGAAUAGAGGGAUGUGUUGUGCUUUCUUGCUGAAAUUGGCAUUGCAGUUCGCCUUACUUGCCUGAUUUUGUAUUUAAAUUCAGUACUGAAGGUGCCCAUUCUUUUUGGGGGUGCAUACAAGAUGUAUUAUACUUUUUAAGGAAAUGCCAAAGAUGAAGCAUGACAGACCAAAGAUGCUAAACCGUUGUUAACACCUUAUUGAAUGUCAUGGCUAUUCAAUUAGAAUGUUAAGAUAAAACUUGAAAUAGAUCAGAUUUAUUUUCUGCUUUUCCAGCCUAAAUGACAUGGCAGAAGUAGGAAUCUAGUUAAUUUGGCAGCUUGAAUAAACCAUAUACUAUACUAAUAGAACAAUGCAAGGUUUAAAUUCUUUUCAAGUUCUCUUAUUUUAUAGAAAACUGGAUAAGGGCCAAAUCAAGCAGCCAUGUGUACUGAUGAGUAGUUUAAUCAAAAGACUUUAAAAAAAAUUUUUGCAAGUGAAUAGCAGAAUUUUAAAAUAAACAUAUGGUGUGGUUUUUUUAAAAAAGAUAGAACAGUCUAGUGCAAAUCUUUUACUUAUUUUGUUUUAGCACAGCUAUACAUAAAUAACAUAUGAAAUAUUGUUGAUCAAAACCAUAACUGCAACUUAUAGAUUUUUUGUGAUAUGGUUUAAUCCUUUUGUUAUAUUGUAGUGGAUCUUAUUUUGUAUAUAAAACAAGGAAGAAGCCAAGCCUUAGGGCCUUUUUAUACAGUAGUAUAAAAAGUAUUAUAAAAUGCUGCAGUAUUAUGAAAUGUAAAAUACUAAUUUGUACUGUGGAUUAAACAUGUAAAUGCUUUUUAUGUUUAACGGGAGUGAGGGGAGAGGGGAAAGAUGUGUUGUCAUCAGAUUCAUUGAAUGUUGUCUUCCCUGCUAUUUCUGUCGAGAUUUCAGUCCAUAGUAAAGCAUAAGUAUGGUUUUAGCUAAUGUUAUACAGUACACGGUUGUGCUUCUAUAAAUUCUUUUCUUGGUCUCUUAGUGCAUAUUUGCUUCCAUUCUAAUACAUAGACUCUUAGAGCUAAAAGUGGAAUUACUAGGUACUAACCUGGAGACGUUUGCUGUUACUCCAAAUAGCCUGUUGGCAACAAGAGAAAAUACAGCAGGAAUCUCUCCCACCACAAUUCUCUGGUCAUUUCUUCGUCCAUCUGUCUCAGUAAAUCACUUGUUGGUUCCUGAAACUAGAUUUUUCCUUCACAGAGCAAUGGGAAAGGGAUCAUUGGACACAUGGGGAAGGAGAGCCAGUGUCCAGGAACUCUAAUUACUA